AUCGUAAACGAUCAAGCAAAACGUAAGCUAUCGCUUACCUCAUAAUCGAGCCCAGUUGCCAGUUCAGUCCGUCUACACAUCAGCAUGGAACAAGGUGCUCUGGAUUACGAGUACGCUCCAGCAACGGAAGCGGACAGGGCAGAGGUUCGCCAAGCUUUAGCAACCUACUUCUACCCGGAGGAACCACUGACACUCGCCCACCGGGAUGGUCCGUUCGUUACGGAGGACGACAUGGAGAACGCACUGUCCUUCCUGACGCAAGGCACCACCAUUCUAGCCCGUACCGCGGCCAACGGUGAACUGGUUGGUGUUUCCAUCGGUGGUCCUUCAGCGCACGAAAUCUCGGUGCCAAUUACCACCCGAAAGUUAGCCGAUAUUGUUGCGUUUCUGGAGAUGCUCGAUGUUCGGGCGUACGGGUUUGCGCGUUCGAGUUCAGCGUACCACGUGUACGCACUAGCCGUCCAUCCUGCUCACCGGGCCCACUCGAUCGGACGGCGUUUGAUGGAGGAACAGAUCGCGUUGGUUCGUGCCCGGUGGCCAGCGUUUGCUGCCGUGACGGUAGAAACAACUGGUCCCGGUUCGGGUCGGCUUAUGGGCCGUAUCGGGAUGCGUGAAACCGGACGGCUUAGCUUCGCGGACUACCGGGAUGCGGCGGGUGAUCAAGUGUUCCUUGGAGCAGGGGAAGUGGUUGCCUGGGAGAUGAAACUUUGAAAAUAAAAAACAAAACCGUUACAAGCACGUGGGUUAGGAUGUGUUUUGGAAUAAGUGGUUAGUGUGAUGAACAUUUUAAAAAAUCUAUUGUUCUAUUAAUUACUUUAAUUAAACAGUGAAGAAAAUCGCGCAGGUUUUUGUUUUAAUACUCUUUAUUAUUUCCACUUCUGUUUCACAUUCACAUUCUACACCGUUCUCUUUUGCGCCGUUGCGCCCUAUUUGCUGCUUCCCUUCGUCCCUUCGGCGCCUCUGUGUGUAUCACUCAAACAUGUAUUAGUGUCCCGUAAAUCUAAACAUAUGACCAACAGACCACGCACCUCCAGCCUAAUCCCGUUGUUUUUGCUGUGUAUUAUUCCAAGAGAAAGGUGUGUUAAUGUUGAAUGUUUCUUUCCUCCCCCGUUUGCUUGGGUAGAGUGACAUCGAGGUGUGUUUAUACUGUAGAUAUCUCGCGAUUUUACACAUUCUUCUCCACGCAACACGACGUUGCCUUCAAAGAUUAGUGUGUGUGUGUGCUUUCCAAUUUGAUUAAAAAUACACUUCCAACAAGACACCAUUUUCCUUGCUACCGUAUACACUCUUCUGCUCUAGCGUUUUGAUUUACCCCACCUGUUCGCUCUCUCUCUCUCGUUUCUUUUUUUGUUAAAUGUUGAUGAAAAUGAUUCACAAAACAAAACUCCUAACUCCGAACUACACAUUCUGCAUGAAACUCGAAUGGCAAAUGUAACAUACUGGAAAUACAAUCUACAGUGAUCAAAAUACCGCGACAGCGACAUGGUGUAGAUGAUUUUUGUUUUAUUAAUCGAAGAAGGGCGUUCCUUUCUUUUCAAUACGUCCCGGGCUACGGGGAUGAAAGUACGGGUGUUUUGAAAAUUUGCCUAGUGCACACUACACAACUUCCGCCCAAACGGGAUUUUAGCGCGAACGAACGAGAGAAGAGGAAAGGGAGAAAUCUAACAAGAGGCUGACUCUACAAGUAAAUUUGGCUCGAAUGGGAUUUGAAGAGAGUUCUAGUAAUUAAUUUACCAUUUAAUUUCUCGGCACCCAGGACACUAAGCAGUCUACGGAGCUACUAAACGCUCACUUUCUCUCAUUCUCUCUCUCUCUCUCGCUUUCCCUCUGUCGGUACUGUUCUAGUAGUCUACGCUAGUGCAACAAGGACGUGGAUGAUCUCUCAACAAACUACUAGAAAGAAUUUUGAACUGUGGUAUUGAUCGGAGAAAACGAUAACUCAUCCGUACUAUAUCGAUCACUAUCCGCACUCAAGCCGGCAUGCACUAAGCUGCACAUUACACUAUGCUUCGCUAGUGUUGAGUUCAUGUUAGCAUUUUGAGGUUUUGAGUAAGAAGAUGGGACAAAUCGUGGACAAAUCUUCUACGGUUGCUGUCGACUACUGUUUGUUGACUUUACUACAAUAAAACCUCACAUUUUGAGUUUUGUUUUUGUUGGGAUUUUUAAUAAACAUGCCGGUAAAAUGUGUUAUCUUGCGUUACUGUUGUAAGUGUAUUACUAUGUGGGACGAUAGACAAAACAAAGGGCCAGCCUUGUGGAAUUUCUAAUUUCGUCCUAUGCCGCAGCAGUAGUGCGCACACACCAGUGCAUGUUAGUUGCUUAGUGAGGGGACUUUUACUUUACAUGUAAUAGUUAGAAAGUAAGAAAAAAGCAGCAUUUAU